CUGCCUGUGGGCUGUGGUCAUUACUCUCUCCUCGAGGUUGAGCAGAUGUCCCCCAAGAGGGAUGUUUGCUCUGACAAAGGGAAUUUAUAUCCUCACUUGUGAGCCCGCCAUGCCAGGUCUACAGAGGAAAUGCCUUUCAGACCCAGAACCUAUGUUUGUGUCAUUCCACACAUGUCAUCUGUGAUGACAGGACGUUUUCAGUGGACACAACAUCUUUAUUUUAUUUUUAUGUGGCGCUGAGGAUCAAACCCAGAGCCCCGCACUUGACAGGAUGUUCAACUCUUCUCCACAAUGAAUGAGUGUCACUAUGAUAAACGCAUGGACUUUUUUUAUAAUAGGAGCAACACUGACACUCCCGAUGAGUGGACAGGAACAAAGCUUGUGAUUGUUUUGUGUGUUGGAACAUUUUUCUGCCUGUUCAUUUUUUUUUCUAAUUCUCUGGUCAUCGCAGCAGUGAUCAAAAACAGAAAGUUCCAUUUCCCCUUCUACUACCUGUUGGCUAAUUUAGCUGCUGCAGAUUUCUUUGCUGGAAUUGCCUAUGUAUUCCUGAUGUUUAAUACUGGCCCAGUUUCAAAAACUUUGACUGUCAACCGCUGGUUUCUCCGUCAGGGGCUUUUGGACACGAGCUUGACAGCUUCUCUGACCAACUUACUGGUCAUUGCUGUGGAAAGGCACAUGUCAAUCAUGAGGAUGCGAGUCCACAGCAACCUGACUAAAAAGAGGGUGACACUGCUCAUUCUGCUUGUGUGGGCCAUCGCCAUCUUCAUGGGGGCAGUCCCCACACUGGGCUGGAAUUGCCUCUGCAACAUCUCUGCCUGCUCUUCCUUGGCCCCCAUUUACAGCAGGAGUUACCUCAUUUUCUGGACUGUGUCCAACCUUGUGGCCUUCUUCAUCAUGGUGGUGGUGUACCUGCGGAUCUACAUGUACGUCAAGAGGAAAACCAACGUCUUGUCUCCGCAUACAAGUGGGUCCAUCAGCCGCCGGAGGACACCCAUGAAGCUCAUGAAGACAGUGAUGACUGUCUUAGGGGCAUUCGUGGUGUGCUGGACCCCAGGUCUGGUGGUUCUGCUCCUGGACGGCCUGAGCUGCACGCAGUGUGGCGUGCAGCAUGUGAAACGCUGGUUCCUGCUACUGGCGCUGCUCAACUCCGUCAUGAACCCCAUCAUCUACUCCUACAAAGAUGAGGACAUGUACAGCACCAUGAAGAAGAUGAUCUGCUGUUUUUCUCAGGAGAACAACCCAGAGAGGCGUCCCUCCCGCAUCCCCUCCACAGUCCUCAGCAGGAGCGACACAGGCAGCCAGUAUACGGAAGAUAGUAUUAGCCAAAGCACAGUCUGCAACAAAAACAGCUCCUAAGCUGUGGACACUUCUCCUUCAUUCCAGGCCUCCCCUGGGGAAAGAGCUGUUAAGAAUGGUUACAUGUCUCUAACAAAGCCCAUGCACAGUGUUAUUUGAGGUCUGAAUUAAUCACUGGUAAAUUAAUAUAUAUAUAUAUAUAUAUAUAUACACAUAUAUAUAUACAUAUAUAUAUAUAUGUAUAUAUAUAUAUAUAUAUAUAUAUAUAUACAUAUAUUGUUUUUCAUAGUUUAAAAGCAUGGGCAGGGACGAGAAGACACAAUGCAUUUGGUGAAAAUGCACAGAAAGAGAGAAGACAGCACAGUGUCUUCCUACUUGUCCUUCGAACUGCUCAGAGCAUCUAGCUAGCUGGCUGAGCAUUCUGGGCUUUGCCGCCACCUUGUAGCCAUUCUCCCUGGGUUUUUAAAAGAUGUUGUUAAAGGGCUUAAGCUGAAAUAAAUAAUAAACGAUGUUACUUGAGCCAUCUUAUUUAGCUGCUAGAAAAACCUACGUAGUUCUUUCUGCAUGCAUUUAAAAUUUUCAGAAAUGCUUCAGCAAUUUGUAUUUUUUUUUCUCUCCUCAAAGAAACCAGGCCAGUAGCUAGAUGUUCAAUAGGAAUCUAAGAAUAACAAAUCAGUGAGAGCUCCAGGAUAAACGUGACUUUGAACCAAAAGAACGUUCUGAGGAAACCAUUUACUUAAAAAUAGCAACAAAAAGGCAAGUGGGGAAGGCUUCAGUGUGGUCCUCUGCAUGGGCAUGCCUACAGAAGCACAUCUGCUUAUCAUGAACUCUGUGUCUGAAGACUUCAACGACAAUGGUGGUAGAGGAAAGUCACUGGCCACCUAGACUUUUCAGUCCAGGACAGUAGCUAUAGAAUUAACCUAUUAUGCUCUUAAAAAAAAAAGAGAGAGAGAGAGAGAGAAAGAAAGAAAGAAGUGUUCAUUUAAAAGCAGAUUUUUUAAGAACAACAUAGUAAAAGGUAUAUCAACAAGUAGGCAGAAUCCCUUCCAUAUAGGAUCAAAUACAAGCAUGACUAGAGUCCUGAUUUUCAGUUACCUCCACGUCGCUGUUGGCUUGUUAGAUUUAGUGUGUGGAAUAAUUUCAUAUUUCAUAUUUUGCUCAAAGUUAUCAACCUACUUCAGUACUUGUCCAACUUAUGAACUGAAUUUUGAUCUGGGUUCUAUUUUGAAUUUUUCUUCUUCAAAGACUUACAUGGGCAACACGAAAAAGCAAACCAGUAAAAAAAAAAAAAAAAAAAAGGAAAAUGAUAUGAUAUAUAAUAUAUAGGCUACUGACCAAAGUUUUCUGUGUAAGGUAUUUAGAACAUAUUCUGAUUUAAAAUAAGAAUAACUUUAAAGUAGAUAUUAUAGUAUUUAUGUAGUUUGCAAAAGAAGUUUACAUUUUUUUUGCUAUUGUGAUGUAACAUUUAUGUGCAAGAACUACUUGUAAUAAUAGAAUUUGAGAAGUAAUGCUUUUAGAUAUAAAAUAGAGAGUAUUAUGAUUUGCAGGUGUAGAUUUCAUGAGCUCUGUGUUGUAAGAAGCUUAUAUCAAAGACACCUAUAAAAAUAAAAUUUUAAAAAGAUCUGUUCUCUCUUGUUGAGGUGCAUUACUGCUAUGCAUUUUUUUUCUAAAUAAAGAUAAAGUUUGUGGUAACUAUGGCACACAUUUCUAUUGCAAAAGAAAAAUCAAAUUUGCCAUGAAGUACAUACUCUGGAUGUUUUAUGUAAGCAUUUUGAAUCUACAGCUGGCCAAAGGGUGGAGAAUUGAAAUUGAAUUCCAGUCCCCAAAUAGCUACUAAGGGAUCUUUAAAGGUUUUAUUUUGAGGAAAGAACCAUUUUUACUACCCUGCAGCCGACUGUCAUAUUCGGAAUGGUGUCUGGAGGGGAUCCAAAAUGUGGAAAUACAGGGUAGAUAUAUAUAGUUUUUGUUUUUAUGCACACACAUAUCUCAGUGAUGGUACAAGAGUAGAAAAAUCAUGUAUAUUUGGAAAUGACAAGUGCCAGGGGUCACAGAACUCAUCGAGACCUCUCAGCAAACCUGGCCUUAAUAGGAAAGAAAAAUUUUUUAAAUAAUAUUCCUCUGCAAAUUCUAAGAUCCCAAGCUUGUCUGCAAGUCAUUAAGAUAGUAAUACUGAAAAUGUCACCCAGAAUUUAUCAGAUCAGCCCUUGACUUUAAGCAUAGGUUACUCCCUAACCAAACAAGAUUUCAUAUUCUUAAAUUUGCAGUACUCUCCAAGGUGUUCUGAUCAAUCUAUAUUGGUAAGAGAACUUAGUUAUUUAUUAAGACUGCCUGCUUGAAAAGAAGUAAUUUUAAAAAAAAAUAAACUGUUAAAAUUUCUUGGCAAUUUUUUUUUUUAAUUGAGUAUUAUAUUUGGGACAAGUUUGUGAUAAUCCAAUUACAAGUAAUACAAAACCAUAAAGUAAAUGUAAGGUUUCAACAAGGUUCUAGUUACCCUCAUAGUCAGCACUUUGAUAAUUUUUACAAAUACUAAAAUUUGCCAGGAUUGGUGGUGCACAUCUGUAAUCCCAGCUAUUUGGGAGGCUGAGGCAGGAGGACUGCAAGUUUAAAGACAGCCUCAGCAACUUAGCUAGACCCUAACUUAGGGAGACCCUAUCUCAAAAUAAAAAAAUAAAAAGGGCUGGGGAUGUGGCUCUGUGGUAGAGCACCCCCGGGUUCAAUCCCUAGUGCUAGAAAAAAAUUUUGAAAUAUAUCAAAUUUGAGGCCAGCUUCCCUGGAAAUUUGAGCAUAUGCAGAGUUGAUGUCCUGGGACCAAGGAGUUGGCUGCAACAGCAUCAGGUGGUGCUGAGGGUGUGGCUCUAUUCCCCUGUGGAUAUUGCCCCACAAGGCCACAGUAUUUGUUGUGUUCCUUAGGUUAAAAGCAUUUUGUGCUUAGUAGCUCAUUAAUCCUCUAACUUGGGGAGGGGAGGCAAUACGAUUGCUUGACCCUCUGUUUUAACUGGUUGAACAGGUACAGUGAAGGUAAGCUUUGUGACUUAGUGACAAAUUCAAAACCUAUUAGAGCCUGGACCAAACCUACCCACAGCAUUAUUCUACAUGAUGCUGCAUUUCCCUGUGUACUAGAAAAAAUUAAUAACACACAAAAACAGAUCUAACUUCUGGAAAGCUUACCAUAGACUUACAUCCCCUUUGUGGAUCACUAAAUGUCAUGUUCAAUUGGAAAACCCCUGGGCUUCUAAUUUUACACAUUGUCUUUCAGGCAUAGAGUUGGAAUUAGAAUCACUGAAAGACCUCAAAAAUUUUUAAAGUAAAGGAAGCUGCACUUUGUGUAAGGAAUGCUGUCCUGAAUACAUUGCAUAAUUUCAAAUACUCAUAACUUAAGACCAGUUUUCACAGAAAAAAAUAUUAAGUGGGAUGCUGUUGUGGUUUUUUGGCCCUACUGCUAUAUUUCACCUUUACAUCAUUUUCUCCAGUGCUUUUUAGAGUGUGCUGUCUUCUAAAUUAACAGAUGGUAUACCAUUGUUGCAGUGGUUAGGAGUUCAAGUGUUUUAUCAUUGGUAAGUUCUAUGCUAAAAGUUUUUAGUGCAGGCAAUGGCAUCAUGGUCACUGACUCACAUUGGAAGUUGCAGUGCCCAUCAAUUGGAGUGUGGGUCACUCUAUAUUGUGUGAUGCACCACCUCUGCAUGAUGAUCCAUGAAUCCAAUUUGCAUUUCACUUGGUUAGCCAAUUCGGAAUUUGCAAUUCUCGGCAGCUUUUUAGAGACGUGCAGUUUUUGCAGUAAAACUUUGUUUUUGUAAAGUUUUUUUUUCCUGUUUCAGCAAUCUCAAAUUGUAUAAUUCAAAUUUCCAUAAAAUGUAUCUGUACUGUAUGUUA